CCCUGCGCUGUUGAUGUCGGCAGAGAACUUCACACUGUUCAUCAAAAACACAAUCAACUUUCCAGCCUAUGGUGUUACAAGGUGUAACCUCGUAGAAGGUAUCGACAAUCAGUACAUCAAAAGUUGCCUGUAUGACCCAAAGACGUCCCCACUGUGUCCCAUUUUCAGACUGGGCGACUUGGUACAGAUGUCUGGCUUCAACUUCGCCGCCAUAGCCAAAGUGGGUGGGGCGAUUGGUAUCAUCAUUGACUGGACCUGUAACCUGGACCAUGACCAGUCAGACUGUAAACCGAUCUACUCCUUCCACGGUCUCUAUGGAAACCCCGACGAGGCAGACACGGCCAGAGCAUCUGUGGGAUACAACUUCAGGUACGCAAAGCACUAUAUGGAGGACACACAGGAGAAAAGAACGCUUCUGAAAGUGUUUGGGAUUCGAUUUGACAUCAUUGUGCGUUCAGUGGCCAGAAAAUUUGAUAUCAUUCCAACACUAACAGCUAUAGGAUCUGGUGUUGGAAUCUUUGGAGUGGCGACUGUAGUAUGUGAUCUGAUUCUCCUGUAUCUACUACCCAAGAGGGAAUUCUACAACAACAUGAAAUUCAAGGUCACUGAAACGAUGGAGAAGAGUGAUGCUGCGGAGGGGUCCUGACUCCUGGGCUCCAGUCUGCAGUAACAGCUGGCUGCGACUCCAACAGACUGACUCCAGACUGCACUGACACAUCUUAAAGCAUAAAACAAGUGUGAUGGUUUUCUGCCUUGUGUUCACUCUCCAGCUGAAUGAUUCAACUGCCAUUUAAUUGCCUUCAAAUCCUGUCAACAGAUCUCAAACAAUGCCCUUCCGGCUCAAUGAUUCAACUGCUAUUUAUUGCCUUCAAAUGUCAACAGACCUCAAACAAUGCUCUCAGUUUAGGAUAUUUUUUUAUUUUACCUUUAUUUAACUAGGCAAGUCAGUUAAGAACAAAUUCUUAUUUACAAUGACAGCCUUGUUCAGGGGCAGAACCACAGAUUUUCACCUUGUCAGCUCAGGAUUCGAUCUACAAACCUUUCGGUUAGUGGCCCAACGCUCUAACCACUAGGCUACCUGCCGAGAUAGAUAGUAACGGAACAUUCUUUCAGACUGCUUCCACCCUCCUUUGUUUGUCUAAUAAUAAUAAUCAGGGAAACAGUUUAAUCAUCUGAAUGUGAUACAAAACAAGGCAUCGAUGUGCUUUAGGAGCGCUGCUCUCUCAAUGUGUCAUAAUUAGAACUAUGUGUUUUUAUUUAUUUAUUUGACCUUUAUUUAACCAGGCUAGUCAGUUAAGAACAAAUUAUUAUUUUCAAUGACGGCCUGGGAACAGUGGGUUAACUGCCUGUUCAGGGGCAGAAUGAUAGAUUUGUACCUUGUCAGCUCGGGGGUUUGAACUUGCAACCUUCCGGGUAUUAGUCCAGGCUACCCUGCCGCCUCUACACUCUAACCACUAGGCCACCCUGUUAGUUUGUGUUAGUUUAGGGUUGGUUCAUUAACUGAAAGAAUCAUGUGUUUUAUAACACAUUCGUUACCUUAAAGUACCCUGGUUUAUUAACACAUGUUAUAAUAUCUGUUUAUAACACAUUCGUUACCUUAAAGCCGUGGUUCACUCAGAAACAUUCUCUAUUUUCUAUGGGGACACAUUUCUACACAUUUUGUCAUGGGG